AUGACCUUUUUGGGUGCGGUCAAGGUGGAAGUGGAGUUGGAAGGAGGCGGUAAGGCAGAAGUGGCGUUUCAUAUAUCGGAUGUGAAGGAGGAGGAAAUACUGUUAGGUACAAAUGCCCUAAAAGAUGUAGGUGUGCAGGUGGUGCUGGCGCCAAGAGAGGCUAAGACGCAUUCUCUUGUGUGCGAGAGGGAGUUAACGGGAACAGACCGUGUGAAGAUGGACAUUGACACUGGGGAGCAUAAACCGGUGAAGAUGAAAGCUCGUCCAGUUCCUCUAGGGAACAUGGAAAAGAAUGGUCGAAAUGUGGAUAAUGCUUGA